AUGAAUUUGCAUGAGAAUUGCACUCCCAAGGAUGAUGCCAUCGUCUCCAGGAGCUACGAGUCCAUCUUAUCGGCCACAGCAUCCAGCGGGACUUCCGGCUCAUCCUUGAAUGCGGCAGAUGCAUCGGAGUACAGCUACAUCUCCGCCACUCCCAACCCUUAUGAGGACACCGACAACAACGGUCCUGAAACUGACCACAAACACUCGGUCACCACAUCCAGCACCAAAUCUAGGUUCAUCAACAACACCGACUCCACUGCCCUUUCCAAGCUCCAGACUCCUCCACCACAGCCUCAAAAUGACGAGGUCUCUGUGGUAACUCCGUUCUUGGUCAAGCACAUCAACGACCAGUCCAAGAUCCCCAAGGACAACUUCCACAAAUACUGCUACAGACAUAACCCAGAGAUCACCUGCAACAAGAGCACGGAUGAAGCACGCAUGAAAAGAAUUCAGACCAGCUUGGACAGACUUCCAAGCAGAGACCAAGAGGCGAUCACUCACGUGUGGUCCAUCUUCAGUGCUUCUCCGCUGCAGCAUCGGGAGUUAAUCCUCAAGGGUCUUCUUUCUCAGUGCUGUUUCCCCCAGUUGUCCUUUAUUUCCCAAGAAGUCUCGUCAUUGAUUAGAAUUGACUUUCUCAGUACUUUGCCCAUGGAAAUCUCUCUCAAGAUCUUGUGUUACUUGGAUUGUCGCUCUUUAUGUAAUGCAGCCCAAGUUUCAAGAAAGUGGAAAGCUUUGGCCGAUGAUGAUAGAGUUUGGCACCAUAUGUGUGAACAGCACAUAGAUAGAAAGUGUCCAAACUGUGGUUGGGGUUUGCCAUUAAUGCACAUGAAGAGGGCCAGAGAAAUGACAGACGAAGAUAUCAAGCCUAUCAUAAAGAGGAAGAUCGAAGAACUCGAAGCACCCAACCAUGAAGGUAGUUCCGCCAGUUCUCAAGAGUCUGUGGAGAAUCCAAGUAAGAAAUUGAAAACUUCACCCGAAGAGGUGAAACAGAAGAUGAAGAGAAGACCCUGGAAAUCGGUUUACUCUGAAAGGUUCAAGUUGGAGAAGAAUUGGAGAAAGGGAAUUUAUACCACAACCACAUUCAAAGGUCAUACUGACGGUGUCACCUGUUUACAAUUCAAUAGAAAGUAUCUUAUGACCGGUUCAUAUGAUGCGACAAUUAAAAUUUGGAAAGUUGACACUGGGGAGUGUUUAAAGACUUUAAGUGGCCACACAAAGGGUGUGAGAUCCUUGGUCUUUGAUUCUCAAAAAUUGAUUACCGGAGGGUUGGAUUCUACUAUUAAAGUAUGGAAUUAUCAUACGGGUCAAUGUAUUGCUACUUACAGGGGUCACGACGAUGCUGUGGUCUCGGUAGAUUUUGCUAACAAGUCCAUUGUUUCUGGCUCAGCAGAUCAUACUAUCAAGGUAUGGCAUGUUGAUUCUAGAACAUGUUACACUUUGAGAGGCCACACUGACUGGGUCAAUUGUGUCAAAAUUCAUCCAGCAUCCAACACUGUGUUUAGUGCUUCUGAUGAUACCACAAUCAGAAUGUGGGAUUUACAGAGCAAUCAAUGCUUGAGAGUAUUUGGAGGAAUGGAUAAUAAUGGGCAUCUGGGUCAAGUUCAAAGUGUGAUUCCUUUCACCUACAAGGAAAAUUUAAUUGAAGAUGGCCAUGAUAGUGAUGCGGAAGGCCAGUCACAUCGCGAAAAUGCGGACACAACCGAGGAGAAUGAGACAGAUGGCAAUUUACGUCCAUGCGAUGGAGCGGACGAUGAAUUGGCCAGCAAUCCCAACUACCCUACUCAUUUGAUAACAUGUUCUUUGGACAACACUAUUAAAUUGUGGUGCGUAAAGACUGGCAAAUGUAUCAGAACUCAAUUCGGACACAUUGAAGGAGUUUGGUCCAUCAACGCAGAUACUUUCAGAAUCAUUAGUGGAGCCCACGACAGGUUAAUUAAAGUGUGGGAUUUGCAAAACGGAAAGUGCCUUCAUACAUUUGCCAAUGAUUCAUAUGUCAGCUGUGUAGGAUUGAGUGACUCGAAGUUUGCAGCCGGAUUAGAGAAUGGGUUAGUCAAGAUGUACAGUUUCGAAUAA